AUGUCAGCGCUAUCACAAGCAAUAAUUCGACCCUGUUCUUCCCGCUUCGCAGCUUCCUUCCUCCAUCAAUAUCCUCCCAUUACCAAAACAUUCUCAACCUCCCUCUCGAGGAAAGAGCAGAAAGCCGCUCAACCUCAGACACCAGCUACCGACUCUAUAGAACUGGGAGCACCAGUAACGUAUAUAUCAGAAAGUCAUGAUCCAUGGUUCAACCUUUCCUAUGAAGACUGGCUCAUGAGGAAUACACCGCAUAACCAGCCUGUCUUGUUCCUAUAUCGUAAUUUCCCAUGUGUAGUGAUAGGACGCAAUCAAAACCCAUGGAAAGAAAGUACACCUCAUAAACUUCGAGAAGCUGGUAUACCGCUUGUAAGACGCAGAUCAGGUGGAGGGACUGUAUUUCAUGAUAUGGGAAAUACUAAUUUCUCUAUUAUUUUACCUCGAUUACUGUUCACCCGAUCACACGGUGCAGAACUAGUAUCUAGAGCUAUCAGCGAGCAGUUGGGGAUAAAGGAAUGUACGGUGAAUGAGAGGAAUGAUGUGAUUAUACGAGAUGGAGAGAAAGAAUACAAGAUGAGCUCAGCAUAUAAAAUAAUCCAACAUCGAGCAUAUCAUCACGGAACGAUGUUGAUUUCAUCAUCUUUGACUGAAUUGGGCAAAUCGUUGAAGUCGAAUUCUCCAAAUAUGCAAACCAAAUCUAUUCUCUCUCACCGAUCUCCGGUAACCACCCUAAAUCACUAUAACCCUUCGUCGACUGCAAUCCAUCAUGACGAUUUCGUACAUGCGGUCACAACUGAAUUCUCCAAAGUAUAUUCAGAUCCGACGCACAGUAAGAAGAUGGAGACCAACGAGGUGAAUCCCGAUUGGGUUAAAGAACCGAAAGUGUGGAAAGGCGUUGAAGAGCUGAAAUCUUGGGAAUGGCAAUAUGGUCAAACGCCUGAAUUUUCGAAUGAAUUAGAAGGUAAAUUGUCUUUUGGUGAUCUCUCAACAUCCCUUACUGCCCGUCACGCACUGAUAACAUCCAUAACAUUCCACCUCACUCCCUCAUUACAUGAAUCCACCGAAGAAACCUCUCAAAGACAGGCUUUUCUAGAUUCGCUGGCGCUAUCUCUUGUAGGACAUAGGUAUGAGUCGUUGGAUGGUGCUGAAGGUGCAUUGGGACAUGAAUGGGAGGAUGAGAGGUGGAGGGAGAUGGGUAAUGAGGUGAUUGGAUGGUUGAGAAGGGUCAUGUAA